AUGUUGUUGGUAUGUGCUGCUCGAUAUUCAAAAAUUUUGCGACCUAUAGGAAAACUUGCAUCUUUUCGUCACACAUCUUUAAUAUUGCCAUCUAAUGGUUCCUUAAGGACAAAAUGGUUGUCGGGAAAGGAAGCAGAGGGCCCAGAAAUAGCAGUUGGUUUGAGAAGCGGAGCAGACGAUGAUCCGAUUACAAAUACGAUGGAUGAACCAUAUCUUGGUGAACCGGAUGAUCCACCAGUACACAUGUGGUAUUAUCGAGAAGCACCACCUCAAAGUACUAUGCGAUUGGAAAACGUUAUGCUUACUUUAACAAGUGCAUUAAUGUGGGGCUGGUUUGUAUAUCAUUUGUAUUACAACUAUGGUGAACUAAUUGGUGAAUAUUAUGUUCCUGCUCCAGAAGAAUUUUCGGAUGAAGAGCUUGGAAUCCCACCAGACGAUGCCCCAGACCCAGAAUACUGGGGUGAUCAUCCAUUGUCUAGAGGCAUGUAG